UUCAAAAGAAGCCUAGGUUACUACAUGUCACAAGUGUUCAUACCAAGCAUACUGGACUGGGUUGCUCAAAACCUUGGUUAAGCUUAACCAGUGGUUAAAUCCCUUGUCCACCGGUUAACGUUUAGCCAAUGGUUAAAUUCAGUUGCUCAAAAGUUAGCCAGUGGUUAAGUUGCCUAACCAGUGGUUAAGUUUUGGCCAAAGUUAGCCAUUCUGCAGAGGUGGGUUAAGUCUUUUAACCAGUGGUUAAACAUGGCUGCCCGCUUGCUGUUUGAUGUUAACCUUGGCAGACGACACAAGAAAACAAGAGUUUACAGACAUUUUAAUCACGAUUUCAAUGACAGUGAAUACAAAGAAAGGUAUAGGUUUAGUAAAGAGUCAGUUAAUUUCAUCACUGAUCUACUAGAACCCGAGUUGUGCCGUCCAACAUUGCGCUCAUAUUCCUUGUCAGCUCUCAGUCAGGUCGAGAUGGCUCUACGAUAUUACGCUACAGGUGAUAACAUGAAAACUAUAGGCGAUACACUGGGUUUCCACAAGUCAAGUGUUUCUCGAAGUAUCCAGGAUGUAUCCCAAGCCCUGACCGAUUUGGCCUCACGUUUUAUAAAGUGGCCAUCCACAGAAGGAGAGAAGUCCAACAUCAAGAAGGGCUUUUAUGUCAUUGCCAAAUUUCCUGGUGUGAUUGGUGCUAUCGAUGGUACCCACGUCCGCAUCAUGGGCCCCAGUGAGCAUGAGCCCGUGUAUGUGAACCGGAAAGGCUUCCAUUCAAUAAACACACAGGCCAUAUGUAAUCAUGAAGGCCGAUUUAUCAACAUUGUUGCCAAGUGGCCAGGGUCCAACCAUGAUUCUUUUAUUUUUCGAGAAUCAAAUAUUGGAACAUAUUUCGAAGCGCAUCAUAAAGGGAUUGAUGUGGAUGGACUACUGAUUGGUGACAGUGGAUAUGCAUGCAGCAAAUAUCUGGUGACUCCCUUUCUACGACCCACGACUGAGUCUCAGAUGAAAUACAAUGAUGCACAUACACACACAAGGGCAGUGAUUGAGCGAAGUUUCGGGUGGCUGAAGCGACGAUUUAUGGUCCUUCAUGGAGAAAUUAGGUGUAAACCGGAUCGUGCUGCAAAAAUAAUUGUAGCUUGUGCUGUGCUGCACAACAUUGCUUUAGAGAGGAAAGAUUGUAUGGAUGAUUUGGAGUGUGAACAUUCAGAUGAGCCACAUGUUUCAGAUAAUAUUGUAGUGGAACCAAGAAACAACAAUGUCAGACAGUUCAUUGUUCAAAAUUAUUUUUAAUUAUAGUCAGUAUAAUUGCUACUUUUAACUCCACCCCCAAGUGAGGUAUCCCAUGGGCCUCAUUGCUCACCUGAUUCACCUUCAACCUGUCAUUGUUUACCUGUUGUGAUUUUCAAAAAACUUUUUUUCAUCAAUAUUUAUUCCCAUAACAUUUUUACCCCCAUAUUGUGCCCUUAACCUAGCCCCAGAGGAUCACAACACAACUGAAAAUGAAUUCACAUAACAAAGAGAUCCAGCAACACCAAUAUGACUAACAUAUAUAUAUACAUGUGGAAAUUUUACAGACAAACAGAUGACAGACAACAUGAUCAGAAUAGCUUACUACAGGUGAAUUUUACUGUGUGUCGAGCCACUUAAUAUACUACAUCUCAUUUUCUGUUGGCUUAGAUGGUAAUUCCAUCUGCAGUUUUUUAAUUUCUAAUGCAACUUUUUCUUUCUGCAAUAUAAUAAGUUCUUUCAUUAGCAAGAUCCUCUCCCUAUCCUCUCUCAAUACACUUUUCUGAAGAUCUUGCAGACUUUCCUGACCAAUUUUCCUCUUCUUUGUUUUACCUAAAAAAAUCAAUGUACAUCAAUCCAAUAGUAUACUUAGAUGUUCAUUAAUUGUUUAUAUUUGAAAUAUGUUUUCGAGUUUCCAAAUUUCGUUUUUGUUAAAUAUACUUAUUACAUUAUGUAGUUUUUUUAUUAUUGUAUAAUUCAAAUUUGUUUUCACUUAAUUCUUUGCAGUGAGACAAUUUGAUUUGCAAUUUUUCACUAUAAAAUAAUUUUGGGAUACAGUGAACCAUUUUUGUAAGUAGUGUUAGACUUGCACUAUUGAUGUCUUUAACAUUAGACAUUGCUUUAUAUACAAUACCUGUUUCAUUAUUCUUUGAGCUGAUCAAGGUCCCAGAACUUGAUAAUGUAACAUCAUAUGUUACAGAUGUCCCUAAAAUAAAAUUCAAUUUUAAAUACUGAAUUAUUUGACAGUUAUAACCUUUGCUUUGCAAUACAUGCACACUUGAGAGCGCCCUUAGUAACCUCUCCCAAUUGCCCCAGUGCUAUAAAUCUUUAACCUCCAUUCUUACAGAAAAGUAAAUAUAGAUCUGGUAUUAUGCACUACAUUCAUGUAUUAAGUAUUAUGUAUGUCAUAUGAUCUUACAUAUUUAUCAUUGUUAAACUUACCUUCCAAGGAGUUGAAGAAUUGUCUCUGUACUACCUUGGCCUAUGAAUUUCAAAUAUUGCUAAUUACUAUAUAAAUAUUGUUAAUUUGUAAUUAUGUUUAAUAAUUUUAUAUAUAUAUAUAUAUAUAUAUAUAUAUAUAUAUAUAUAUAUAUAUAUAGAUGUACAAUGUUUUUAUUAUAUUUAUAUCACCAUUGGUCUUGUUAAAAUGUUAUAUGCUAAAAUAAACUUGUUGUAAACAU